CAAAAGUUUGGGGUCGCAUGAAAACGAGUAGAGAUGAUUUUUCUUUUUUAAGGCGUUAGAGGAAGCAGAAUACAAUGUUAAUCAUGGCUUCCAGUCCAACUGUCUUGAUUCGUUUGGUUGCUUCUGCAUAUUCUAUUGCUCAGAAAGCUGGGAUGAUAAUCAGAAAUGUGAUGGCUGGGGGCGACCUUGGAAUCGUGGAGAAGACAUCUUCAGUAGAUCUACAAACCAAAGCUGACCGACUGGCACAGAUAAGCAUAUGUUCUUCAUUGGCACGGAAAUUCCCCAAACUAACAAUAAUAGGAGAAGAGGAUCUGCCUGUUCAAGAGGUAGAUCAAGAUCUGAUUGAAGAUGGUCAGUGGGAGGAAAUUCUGAAGAAACCCUGCCCAACACAAUACAGUUCUAUCAAAGAGGAAGAUCUUGUUGUAUGGGUUGAUCCUGUGGAUGGUACCAAGGAAUACACUGAAGGUCUUCUGGACAAUGUAACAGUUCUUAUUGGAAUUGCUUAUGAAGGAAAAGCAAUAGCAGGAGUUAUUAACCAACCUUACUACAACUAUCAGGAAGGAACAGAUGCCGUGCUCGGAAGGACAAUCUGGGGAGUUUUAGGCUUGGGUGCUUUUGGGUUUCAGCUGAGUGAAGUGCCUGAUGGGAAACAUAUAAUUACCACAACUCGUUCUCAUUCCAACAAGUUGGUAAAUGAUUGCAUUUCUGCUAUGAAUCCUGAUGAAGUUCUCAGAGUGGGAGGAGCAGGAAAUAAGAUCAUUCAGCUGAUUGAAGGCAAGGCAUCUGCUUACGUAUUUGCUAGUCCUGGCUGUAAGAAGUGGGAUACUUGUGCUCCAGAAGUUAUUUUACAUGCUGUAGGAGGCAAAUUGACUGAUAUUCAUGGAAAUGCCCUUCAAUACCAUAAGGAAGUAAAGCAUAUGAAUUCUGCUGGUGUCCUUGCCACACUGAGGAAUUAUGACUACUAUGCAGGCUGUGUUCCAGAGACUGUUAAAAAUGCACUUGUACCAUGAAAGACAUAUUAUUUGCUUACCAGUGAAAAUUUUGAGAUUUAAUAUUCAAGUUAAUAAAUUUUUUAAAUUAUGAAAAUAGAUUUAGUUUUGUUUUUUAUCAUUAUUGAUUAAUGAUACUUUUUGUACAAUAAGAGCAGCAUAAAUAAUUAAUGAAUUCUGAUAAAUUUAUAGUUUUGAAAUAUAAAGCAUCAAUUUGAAGCUAGUAAACCAGAUCCAUGAAACAGUCAAAUUAGAAUCCUAGUGCUCACUUUUGAUUUGCUCAUGACAGUUUUGGCCUACAUUUGAUUAUUGUUUUCCCUUUUAGCAGUAGGGAUAAAAAUUAAAGGUUCAGUUUUGGGCACUGAUAAUAUACUGUCUGCAUUUAAUUUAGGACACAAAGCUUAGAUAUGACAGGAAUUUUAUUUUGUUGAAUGACCUUAUUUUUUAAAUUAUUGUGAUUUUAACCAUUAGUACUAUACAUGUUAUAUUGUUUAUAUUGAUGAAAUAAAACUUCUAUAAUAAAA